CCAUGGCGACUGCGACUUCCAUAAUCAUCCGGUCUUUCCACAACGUUUGGCGCAAGACCUUCCUGAACAAUCAGAACAACAUGUUGACGCCCAAUACUUCACUUGCAUCUCCAUCCCGCCGCAAACAUUCAUAUCGCAAGUUCUUCGUGCGAGCUUCAGCAUUACUUCCUCGCAGAGAUCGCUGCCAUGGGAUCCGCCAAUGGCCAGCCGCCCAGACAAGUUUCCACAUACGCCUAUGAAGUCGUUCGUUUCGACAGGACCUCUCACUCUCUCAACUCCUGCAUUACUAUACAUCAUAUCGGCAGUUAUGAUACCUUCGCCCGCGCUCAGGCCAAAGCCCACGAAUAUCUACAGCUCGCACUGAGCGACUACUAUCGUAACGGACAACCCGUUGGCUACUUCAACGAGAUCAAUCUUGAGCGUUCGGGGUCGAUUGUGGUGUAUCAAGAGCGUCCGUCGAAUGGGUAUAUGGAAACUCGUGAACUAGUAGUUAGCGAGUUUCGCAUGCUGCUAGUCAACACAUUGGAUAAAGCCUGGCAGGCAGAAUCGCGUCUUUUUGGAGAGAAGUUCACGUUGGUAAACCCACGCGUUUCCUACAUCAGCAAUGGACAAAGCUCGACCGCACUUCCGCCAGCUUCGCGCAAGCCGGACCAGAACAAAGAACCGGUAACCCCCAGCGAUGUAGCUAGGCAAGAAGAGCACGUUACCUUACCCGAGCCCACUCCACCGCCCUCGCAGUUUCCUCCGAUGGGUCCCCAGUACGAUCAAGAAAAGCAGCCAGACUGGACGCAGACUCGCAUACCUUUGUUCGACCGUCGAGAUGACGGACCCUUCCGCAGGCCAUGCGACAGACCAUACGCGCAUACCAUGGUCCUCUUGUCACCUCCACCCACUUUACCCGCAAAAUCUGGCCCACAAAACUCCGGGGCUAUCUGGUCGAAGGCAGCAAUAGCUGUUGUCUAGGGGAACAGUGAAACAAAUGUUGAGUAAGG